AUGGACAAUAGUCUUUUAUUAGUGGAAUUUAGUUUUGUUGAAUUAGCCGCUACAACGAGUAACAAUUAUUUGUGCCAAGUCUGCGGCGAUAGAGCGUCCGGUUUCCAUUACGGCGUUUUUGCAUGUGAAGGUUGUAAGGGUUUUUUUCGCCGUUCCAUUCAGCAGAAAAUUCAAUAUCGUCCGUGUGCGAGAAGUCAACAAUGUAUCGUUGCUCGAAAUAAUCGUAAUCGAUGUCAACAUUGUAGAUUACAAAAAUGUAUCAAAGUUGGAAUGUCAAGAGAAGCCGUUCGAUUCGGUCGUGUACCAAAACAUGAAAAAGUUCGGAUGGCUGAGGAAUUGGCUCGCGUUACAGCGCGCACCCUAACUGAUGCAAUACAAAGUGCACUUACUGACAGCGAUUCGGUACUGGAAUCCUGCUUCACCGGUUUCCUGCAUCUAAUAGAUAAUGUGAAGAAACUUCUCGAUAAACCUUCGGCACAAACUGUCUGUCCUGUGGGAAG